ACCGAGUUAGCUUGCCGAGUCACGCCCGAGUUUGCUUACCGAGUCGCAGUGAAAAAAAAAAAGGGGAAGAACCCAGAUCUGAAAGCUGAAAAUCCCUUCCUCCCAAGGUCUUGUCAGUUCCACAGAAAGAUACAUAACUCACUCACUCAAGCCACAUCAUUAUAUGAUCUGACUAGUCUAUCUCCAACAUGCCACGCCCUUUUUUCCACAAGCUGAUUCUGCCCUCUACCCUCCUGGAGAAGAAACUGAGGAUCCCAGAUAACUUUGUCAAGAGAUUCAAGGGCGAACUUUCUGUUGCUGCUGCUCUCACUGUUCCUGAUGGUCACGUUUCCCGUGUAGGAUUAAAGAAAGCUGACAACAAGAUAUGGUUUCAGGAGGGUUGGCAGGAAUUCAUAGAGCGCUACUCUAUCCGUGUUGGCUACUUUUUGAUCUUCAGAUACGAAGGAAAUUCAGCUUUUAGUGUUAGUAUAUUUAAUUUGUCUGCCUCUGAGAUAUUCUAUCAUUCCAAUACUCUCGGUGGUGCUGAGGCAUUUGGUCAUGGUAGACAAUAUCCAUUUGAAGAAUUGGAAGACGAGGACUACGUCUCUCCACCGCUGCAGAAUUUGUUUGGCGGGCCAAAACUUACCAACUGCAUAAGUUGGAGUGCUGGUGGCAACCUACACGUAACCAAGGGUGUGGAUAAUCAAUCUACUCAACAUUUAGGUGUUAAUCUUAAUGAAUUUGGGAUUAAAAAUCCGGCUAAUGAAGUGAAAUUGCAUUCUUCAGUUGAAGAGCCACAGAAACUGAAAAAGCGUGGGAGGAAAAAGCAGAAGUUUGAUACUAAUGAACAGAAUUCAUCGGCUAAAAAUGAAGAUGAAGCAGAAAUGCGCUUUAGAUUUUACGAAAGUGCUUCAGCAAGAAAGAGAACUGUGACAGCUGAAGAAAGAGAGAGGGCAAUUAAUGCAGCGAAAGCAUUUGAACCAGUUAAUCCUUUCUGUAGGGUUGUCCUGCGGCCCUCUUAUCUUUACAGGGGCUGUAUCAUGUAUUUACCAUCUUGCUUUGCUGAAAAGCACUUAAGUGGGGUUUCAGGAUUUAUUAAACUUCAGCUUCCGGAUGGAAAGCAAUGGCCUGUUCGUUGUCUUUACAAAGGGGGAAGAGCCAAGUUUAGUCAGGGAUGGUAUGAAUUUACAUUGGAGAAUAAUAUGGGGGAAGGAGAUGUUUGUGUCUUUGAGCUGCUGAAUGCAAGGGAAUUUGUGCUUAAAGUCACUGUAUUUCGUGUCAUGGAAAGUGGUGGGAUGAUGAAUAUAAACCGGUCUUCAUAAUAAAACACUAGGGGCCAGCUAAAUCAAAUCAGCUAGAUUAUAGCUCAGCUGGUAAUUCCUGAAAUGUUAAACUUUAUCAAGUAACUUUUCAUUCUCAGCGGAUGUGUUUAUCUCACCUGGUUUCUACAUAAGAAAGUCAGAUGCUGUGCCAGUUGAUUGUCUAUAAUCUUCAUGGAAUUUUUAGUUGUUCUAGGAGAGUUAUACAAUUUUUGUGGCUUUAUUAGGGCUGUAUAUAGAUUGUGCGAUGAAGUUGAUGUUGAACUCGACUGGAAAAAUGGGCCUUAGACUUAAUUUCAUUGCUUAUUUGACUGCUUGUAGUUUCUCGGUAUUGCCUGGAAUUGGAUGAUGCUUUCUAU